AUGGAUGUAGCACCCAUGAUGCAACACGUCGAGUUCUACUCCCCCAUACACAAACAAGCACCACCAGCGACAUGGAAUCUCUGGCUCCACUUGUCCAACAACGAACGCUGGACGACAUGGGCACUCGCGUACAUCAACGACGUCGCGCCCGCACUCAUGAUCGAGGGCUACUGGCUAACCGACUUGGACGCACCGGCUCCUGAAGAUAUGUUUGUACUUGACAAGAUCUUUUGGAUGCCAACGGUUUCGAUGAGUUUAGAUGUCAAGAAAGCCCUACCAAAGGAGGGUGAGGAGUGGUUGAGGAUACGGAUCAGUGCAAAAGUUACCAAGAAUGGGAGGUAUGAUGCCGAGGUUACUGUCUAUGAUAGGGACGAUGCUAUCGUGGCGUUGAGUAAUCAUGCUGCGCUGAUAUUGGCUGGGGAGAGGAACUGGGGACGAAAGGCGAAGCUGUAG